AUGGAGGGCGCGCAAUCGGCUCUGCGGCACAGGUGGCAGUGGAGUAAAGCGGCAAGUGGAGCGGCGAGUGGAGCGGCAAGUAAAACGGCAAGUAAAGCGGCAAAUGGAGAGACCAGUGGAGCGGCGAGUGGGGAGGCGAGCCCCGCCCAAGGGGAAAACCCCCUCGUCAAGGCAGCCCUCUUCUCUGUGCUCGUAGUGCACACACUGCUCAUCUACCUGACCAUAAAAACGAUGAAGAUGCAAAAAAUAAACCACAAGCUGAAGGAAGAAAGUAUCAUUUUCGUCACAGAAAUAAUGAAGUUGGCAAUUUCAACCGUCUUCUACCUUCACGAAAAUAAAUUCAAUUUAACGUCGGUGAGGGAAAAUAUGGCAGACACGUGGACGAGGAAGAGGAGUUACCUGGUCUCCCUAACUGUGCCGAGCGUCCUGUACUACUUUCAAAACAUUUUUUUUUACAUCUCCAUUUCCAGCAUCCCCAUCCCCUUGUUCCAGCUGCUUUACCAGUUUAGGAUCCUCGUGGUGGUCAUUUUUACCUUUAUCCUUUUGAAGAGGAGGGUAAAAAUUUCGCAGCUCAUUUCGAUCGCUUUCCUGUUCCUCUCGCUGGUUUGUCUGAAGGAUUAUAACCUGGGGAGUGACGCCCCCAAUUGGGGCAGCGGAGAUGCGCACAGUGGGGGACAAGAGAUCGGUACACACAGUGGGGGAAAAGAGAUCGGUACACACAGUGGGGGAAAAGAGAUCGGCACACACAGUGGGGGCAAAAUGAUCGGUACUACACACAUUGAGGGGAAGUGGAAGGCUGCCCCUUUAAAAGACAACGCCGUGGAGAACCUGCGGGACAUUUUGAUCCACAACUUGAAGACGAAAUGUUUGAAGAACAACACCCGUUUCGAUUUCUACACCCUUUCGAGAGCAUUCAAAAAAGGGGAAGUCUCCCCAAAUAUGCUUAAGCCGAAGAAAACUACACGAAAUAACAUCAUCGUAGGUGUCCUGACCACAUUUCUGGCAACCUUCACCAGUGGGUUUUCCAGCGUUUUCCUCGAGUCCCUCUACCUCAACUACAGGCACUCCUUUUGGUUUCAAAAUAUGUGCCUCGCGUUUUUCACCAUCAUUUUGAGCCUCUCCACCAGUCGCCUGCACAUAUCAUCCGCGCUCAGGGGGGAGCCCGCAAGGGGGGACGUGAAGGGAAGCGCAGCGAAGGGAGAAGCCGCUAAAGAAAACGCAGCGAAGGAAGAAGCCAUUAAGGCAAACGCCGCUAAAGCAAACGUCGCGAAAGCAAACGCCGCGAAAUCAAACACCGCGAACCAAGGGCAUGGUGCCCCCCGCGAGGGCGAGGAACAACCAGAUGGAGGGCCUCCACCGAACGGAGUGCCUCUCUUCCUUUCCAACCACUUUAACUCGGUAAAGGAGUUCCUAUACGUUGCCCUGCUGAUACUCCUAAACAGCGUGGGCGGGAUCAUAACGUCCGUCUUCAUCAAACACGUGGGGAGCUUCUCCCGCUUCUUUGUCACGCCCAUCAGUCUACUCUUUAACAUUUACAUAUCCUCCAUUUAUUUUAAAGAUUUUCGCUUCACGACGAAUUACUUCAUUUCGCUUGUGUUUGUUUCUUUCUCUUUGUUCUUUUACGUCAGGGGGUGCUUCUAGCUGGGCGCGCACCCGCUGUGCAUCAGCUGUGCAUCAGCUGUGUAUCAGCUGCGUAUCAGCCGCGUAUCAGCCGCGUAUCAGCUGCAUAUCAGCCGCGCAUCUGCGACUCAUCUGCAACUCGCCUGCCGCUGAUCUGCCCAGGCGCCCCCCAAUUUUGUCAUUUUUUGUUCCCCCCCCCAUAGAGGUGCACACAGACCAGCGCCGUGUGCCCCUCGCCUUCCUGUUUGGUCCCCGACGAGGAUACACAUUUGUACACGUCUUUUUAAUUAACUUGCGAAUUAAAAGUUUUAAAUUUUUU